UACAUAGCACAAUUCAAAUACAUACAAUACAAACUCAAACUCUCCAAUCCUAGGCUACACAGAACUUAAGCUAAUUAAACCCUAAGCCAAACAGUCCUUAACUUCCAUACUACUAAUUUUAUGGAAUUUCCUAAUAAAGUCUGUGAUGUUGAUAUUAUUUAUUUUUAUUUUUUCCCGGGGGGUCUUGAAGACUAUAUAAAAAGCUAACAGAACUCACAUGAAUUGACGGUGGAAAGUUCCUUUUUUCUGUGUCUCUCUGUGUACUAUAAUGGCACAAGUGGAAGAGAGAGGUUGCGCAGAUGGAAGAGAUGAUUACACACAAGAUGGAACUGUGAGUCUCAAAGGUGGACCUAUUUUAAGAUCAAAUACUGGGAGAUGGAGAGCCUGUUCCUUCAUUGUUGCAUACGAGGUGUUUGAGAGGAUGGCAUAUUAUGGGAUUGCAACAAACUUGGUGGUGUAUUUGACCGACAAACUUCAGCAAGGCAUUGUGACAGCAUCCAAUAACGUCACCAACUGGAUUGGCACCGUGUGGAUAACACCCAUUAUUGGUGCCUACAUUGCCGACGCUUAUCUAGGCCGCUACUGGACCUUUGUCACUGCUUCUGCAAUUUAUCUCAGUGGAAUGGUCCUCCUGACCUUGGCGGUUUCGCUGCCAGCCCUGAAACCACCAUCAUGCGACAAUGAGGGAAAUGAAGCUCGCUGUGACAAACAAGCCUCGCCUCUCCAAGUUGGCAUUUUCUACUGUGCAUUGUACAUAAUCGCACUUGGAACUGGUGGCACAAAACCCAACAUCUCCACAAUGGGUGCAGACCAAUUUGAUGAUUUCGAGCCAAAGGAAAGAACUCAAAAGCUCUCUUUUUUCAACUGGUGGAUGUUUAGCAUUUUCUUUGGCACCCUCUUCUCCACCACCUUUUUGGUCUACAUUCAAGACAAUGUAGGUUGGAGCCUUGGCUAUGGGAUUCCAACCAUCGGCCUUUCAAUUUCUGUGCUGGUCUUUUUGAUAGGCACUCCAUUCUACAGACACAAACUGCCUUCAGGAAGCCCUUUCAACAGGAUAGCUAAGGUGGUUGUUGCUGCUGUCAGGAAUCGGAAACUGCCAAUUCCUAAUGAUCCAAAAGAGCUCCAUGAGAUUAGUUUGGAAGAUUAUACUAAUUCAAAAAAAUGUAGGAUUGAUCACACUCAUUCAUUAAGAUUCCUAGACAAAGCAGCUGUUCAGAGUGGGACGAGCCCAGCUUGGACGCUGUGCACUGUUACUCAAGUUGAAGAAACGAAGCAAAUGAUUAAAAUGAUCCCCAUUCUGGUAGUGACAUUCAUACCAAAUGCAAUUGUGUCACAAGUAGGUACGUUAUUUGUCAAACAAGGCACCACCCUUGACAGGAGCAUGGGCCCCCAUUUUGAAAUACCUGCAGCAAGUCUCUCAGCCUUUGUGACAAUCUUUAUGCUGAUCAGCAUCGUCAUCUACGAUCGUUUCUUUGUUUCAUUUGCUCGGCAAUACACCAGGAACCCUAGAGGGAUCACAUUGCUGCAAAGAAUGGGUAUUGGACUCGUGUUGCAGAUUACUGUGAUGGUCGCAGCAUGCAUUGCUGAAAGAAUGAGACUGAAAACCGUCCAAGAAAAUCACAUUUUUCGCAAAGAAGACCAGGUUCCACUCACGAUUUUCGUUCUCCUUCCUCAAUUUGCUCUGACAGGAAUCGCAGAUGCCUUUGCAGAAGUUGCAAAGCUUGAGUUUUUCUAUGACCAAGCGCCAGAAGGCAUGAAAAGCCUUGGCACCUCGUAUUUCACCAGCAGCUUGGGAAUUGGACAUUUCCUGAGUAGUUUUUUACUGAAAACCGUAGCUGAUAUAACCCAAAAAACUCAUAGCAAUUGGGUUUUGGACAAUCUAAAUGUCUCUCAUCUACACUACUAUUACGCAUUGUUGGCCAUCCUGGGCUUCAUCAACUUUCUCUUCUUUCUGGUAGCCGCAAAGUUCUAUGUUUAUAACGCUGAUGCUACAGAAUCCAAACAGGAACUAACCAUGUCAUUGCUGACUACAGAAGCUUCAUCCUAUCAGGUCUCAAAAACCCAACCAACCUGAUAAUAUUCUAGGCAUAGGUCAAGUUUAGCAUAU